AGAGCAGAGCCUGCCAUGGGGCAGGCAGCCCAAAUUCUCCUAGCACUGCUCAGCCUAAUGGCAACUAUUUGUGAUGCCCAGGACACCUGCCCAGAGGUGAGAAUAGUGGGACUCGGUGAUGCUGACCAGCUUGCCAUUCUCCAAGGAUGCCCAGGGAACCCAGGUGCCUCUGGUCCAAAAGGAGAACCAGGUCUCCCAGGAACAAAAGGAGAAAGGGGAGCCCAGGGACUCCCUGGGAAAGCAGGACCACCUGGUGUAAAAGGUUCAGCUGGAGAGCCUGGCUUCCCAGGUAAAGGAAUGAAAGGAGAACCUGGAUUUCCAGAAACCUGGGAAGCCAGGAACUGCCAAGAGCUGUUGGAUAAAGGCAAGAUCCUGAGUGGGUGGUACACCAUCUAUCCCCAAGCCUGCAAUGCCACCACUGUCUUCUGCGACAUGGACACCGACGGCGGAGGGUGGAUUGUUUUCCAGAGACGGUGGGAUGGGUCAGUGAACUUCUUGCGAGACUGGGAUUCAUACAAACGAGGCUUUGGCAACCAGCUGACUGAGUUCUGGCUGGGGAAUGACAACAUCCACUUCCUCACCUCACUGGGACUCUCUGAACUCCGCAUUGACUUGAGAGACUUUGAAAACAACUACUAUUUUGCCAAAUACGCUUCAUUCAGAGUUUUAGGAGAGUCUGAGAAAUAUAAACUGGUUCUAGGAGACUUCCUUGGUGGAAAUGCUGGAGACUCCUUAUCAUACCACAAGGACAUGCCAUUUUCAACAACAGAUGAGGACAAUGACAUGAGCUCCUUUAACUGUGCAACAGAAUACAAGGGAGCGUGGUGGUACAACGACUGCCAUUACUCUAACCUGAAUGGGAUGUAUUGGUUGGGUGUUCAUGGGAGCUAUGCUGAUGGCAUUAACUGGAAGACAGGCAAAGAAUACCAUUACUCCCUUAAGCGAACAGAAAUGAAAUUCAGGCCAGUUUAAUAUGGCAAGAGAAUG